AUGAGACGAGGGGAAGUUUCUCCUGGCACCUUGGAGUCCGGCGGAGCAGCUGGAGAAGGGGAGCGCGAUAACCUGCCGGUGGCCAACCCGUUCCAUAGUGAGCGGGUGAGGACGGAAGUUGAGCUGAUCAGAAACCGGCCCAGUACCUUGGAUGCCGAGGCAGCCAGGCUGGGUAUGGAGGUGAAUGAGACAGCUUUAGGCGAUUUGGGGCUUCAAGCUGGAGAGCAGGAGCCUGAUUAUUCCGCGUCAUUUGCAGCAGAGGAGCCUCCUCGGGUGGCUCGAGUAGAGCCUAGUUCGGAACUGGAUAGGGGAUUGGUUGCUGGGGCGCCUGCUGGUGACGACUCCAGGGAACUGAUACCUGUCGAAGGAGACCGAAUCCAGAGGAUGGAAUCUCUGCUGGAACAGGUACUUGAAGAGAAGAGGCAAAGGACUGCAGCGGUUUCAGGUGAAACCAAGGGAAAGGGAAAAGGUUUGGAUAGCCCUGAAGAGCUCCCGGAGUGGGCUCUAAGGAAUGAGGGCCUCCGAGCCGAUGAGAUCUCUGAGCGUAAGGCCCUGCUACGUAAGAUGACGGAAGAGCAGUCCUACCAGGGAGGCAGCGAUCUCACUGGCGCUCGUCGUUUCCUGAAGUGCACUCCGCGAGCUUUGAUAUCGCAGGGCCGUUUGUGCCAGGUAGGAUUAGACAGCUCUUUUGAUGAACUCUUGAGCCUUCCGGAAGGGGAGGACGGGUCUCCGGGUGAUGUGCCUUUACGGGAACCCCUUCCUGAAGUUUCGGGGGAGUCUUCAGCAGUUAAGCUUGGUAAGACGAAGACGGUUUUCCUUGGUGUGCCUUUGCGUUCCAAACGCGGAAAGGAAGUGUACGUUCAGGUGCAGGGUUUGAUCAACAAGCUGGAGGCGUUUGGUUUGCCUGAGCAUCGUUAUCAUGCCGAUCGUGCAAAGGAACUCCGUUCAACCGCGUUGAUUCAUUGGCUAAAGGGCCAGGGGAUCCACCCUUCGUGGACUGCUGGCGAGUCGCCAGCUGGAAACCGAGCGGAACUGGCGGUGCAAAACCUCAAGGGUUUCGUCCGGAAGCUGUUGGUGAUCUCGGGGUUGGAUAAAGGGUUUUGGCCAUUAGCUUUACUUCAUGCCUCUAGUCGGAACUACAGAAAUUUUGCAGAGCACUUUGGUGUCCCACAGCCUGUGUUGUUGCCUUUUGGUGUUAAGGUUCAUGCAAGACAGCGGGUCAAAACUGGGUAUGAUGCCCAGUGGAGGCCUCGCACGAUCCAAGGCUGCUAUGUGGGGGAAGCUCCCAGCACUCCAGGGGGUCAUUUGGUUCUGAUUAAAGAUGGCUUGCGCGACAAAGUUUUGUUGACCAACACCAUUUAUCCGUUACGAGGCGAAACGCUUGGUCCCCCGCUUAAACCACGGUACCGGCUUACGACAAAGCGCUCCCCGGUUGAUCUGGCGGUCCGGGUUGUAGCUGCUUCGGAAAUCGCGUCGGGAGGGUCCAGGUUUGCACCUGGGGGGGAGUCCUCUUGUGAUCCCUAUGGUGAUGGAGUUUUCGAAAAUGGCGAUUCUGAUCGGGAUGGGUCUGAAGAUGAGCUCGUUGAAGUUGGCCGCGAAGGCGGUGGCGAGUUUGUUGAAUCAGAUUUCACUGUGAAGAAAGGAGUAAACGAUCUCGAGCCCUUAGCUUUCAGAGUCGUGGAGCUUGAGGCAGGGGUUUUGGUUUUCUUCCUCCUGCCCGAAGACCUAUGUUUCAGCAGCAAGGCGACGUCGACUCAUGCCGGAAUUGCGCGGUUGCCCUCUGGGGAGCAGCGGGUUGGACAUGUUUACGACAUUAAGAAUGAUCCUGUGGUCUUCUGCGGUAAGAGAUGGCAUGUAGCGGAGCCCUGGGAAGGAGAAGUUCGAUGGGUUAUCUCGGCAUUUGUUCCGCGAGAUUUCUAUGAGCCUAUGAUUAACCACUGGGAUGUCCUCGGUGAGCUUGGGUUUCCUGUUGAAGGCGUGGCCUUGAAGGGGAAAUCUGAGGGACGAGAACCAGAUAUUGUUCUAGAGCCAGGCGCUUGUGCCGUUAAAGGCUGUUUAGGCAAAGCCGAAGAGGACUGGGAGGUUGGGCUCCCACUUCCGGUUUUAGAUGAGGUAGCUCGGGAAGGCUGGGUGCUUUGGCAUGAAGGUCUAGCGAGGUUGUGUAGGCUAUUGUCUGCCGAGCUGUGUGGAGCUGUCGAGUCCUCCGAAGAGGUUGCCGAAACAGCUGCUCUGUUGCACGAGGCAGAGCGUUGGUGUCUUUGGCUUGAGCAGUGGCUGGGUGCUUGGGCUGACAGUGGAGGUUUUGGUGGUACUGUAAAGGCUUUGCAAGUUGAAAUCCCGUUGAACGACCAGGAGAAACCAUCGGAUCAGUUUCUUCAAACGCGCGCUAUAAGCCUUCAGGAAGCGAGGAAGGAAUUGAAUCUUUGGCGGGAGCCAGCCUCGGAUGAGGUUCUUAGCUUGGAGUCGACUAACAGGGCAGUUGACCGGGUAAAGUCAGAGGUAGUCGAGGACUGGGUUGCCCAAGGGGUUACGGUAAUUCAGUUGCCUGGGAAGGCGGUGUUGACACGGAAGAGUGGUACCGGAAAAAGAAGGACUUGGGGUGGCUUUACCAUAGAUGUGAAGUCCGCCUUUCUCUACGCGCCAAUCGCUGCUGAGGGGUAUCACGGGUGCUCUGCUAUGGGUCUCAACACGUACGAGACCGGAUAUAGCGUUUGCGGUUUCCAAGAUGGGCCAACAGGGAUUGAGUUCCUCUUUAACAUUGGGCCAUGCUUUGCUGGACAUGGAGGCUUGGCAAUUCCCAGGACGCGAAUCCUUCAACUCUUAGCCCUCAUCAACGUGAAGACUCAGGAGGUUAAUGCGGAGACUGUUAAGGCUGCGAGGAUCCUAAGUCGGAUUGACCUACAAGGUCCUGCACCGGGGCUCACCCCCGAAGUGUUGGCGGGAUUAGCAUUGUUGUCCCUUGUACCUCGAGUAAAUGGGCAGCCUGAUCAUGAGAUGCCUGGGUAUGUUUGGGAAUGGGGUAGUUGGGCCGUAGGCGUUUUUGUUGUGGUAAUAUGCGGGUUUUUGGGGUCGUGGUGGCUCGGGUAUCGUUGGGAGUGUCUUGGAGUGGUGGGCUCAACUUCGGGAAGUUCUUCCGGGGGAGCGCUGGGUCCUGAGGAAGGUAAUACCGGCGUAGAGGUUUCUGACGGUCCUGAGGAAAGUAGUGCCUGUGAAGUGGCUUCUGACGGUCCUAAGGAAGGUAAUGUCGGUGAAGAGGCUUCUGACGGUCCUGAGGAAGGUAAUACCGGCGAAGAGGCUUCGGACGGUUCUGAAGAAUUUUCACCUGAGGAGUGGGCGGCUGUUCAGGCUAAGCUACGGAGGGCAGAACAGGAAAGUGGGCUAACCUUCGUGCAGAGAGCCAGAGUUCGACGCGUGCUUGAAGCGGGGGGAGUCCUAGACCCCCCUGUGAUGUCUUUGCGUUAUGGUGCCUUGCCGAGCUGGUUCUCAGAGGUUGAGGAGACCGCCCUACCUGACACUCUCAGGGAUGUUUGUUCUCAUGAGGCGGUAUCGUCUGAUGCGCAAACCCAGCAGCCAUUGCAGGCUCAUCAGCAGUUAGAAGCGGGCUCUCCUUUAGUCCGGAUGUCGGAGCCUUCUGAUGGAUCGAGUGGGCAUCAAGAGUCUUUUGACGAUCAAUCGGAGGGCUGUCCAAGGGUUUUUGGUAGUCAGGGGUUGUGGAGACAAGUCUCGGUUGGAGUAGCCCCCACGUCCUCUGAGUUGCCUGGAGGGAAUAGUGCUGCAAGUGGUUCAGACCCAGUUUGUGACGUUCUGGAAGGAAGAGACCCUAGUAGUAUGCAAGCUGCGAGUAGUUCUAGUCACGGUGUUGCUGCGUCUCAGUGGCCGCAAUGCUACGAAGACUGCUUUGAGUUUGCUGCAAGUAGCUCUGAUCCGGUGUUCCAGGUAGAAGUAGAAAGAGACUCCGGUAGCUUGCAGGGUCCGAGUAGUUCUAGUCACGGUUUCGCUGCGUCUCAGUGGCCGCACUGCUACGAAGACUGCUUCGAGUUUGAACCAGCCCAGUUUCCAUUGAUAGGCACGUGGUACCAGGUACACUUUGUCGUUCAGUUGCUGUCUUUGCAGGGGUAUCGCAUGCUUUGGGCACUAGGCUAUAGGUCGGUUGCUUGGAGGGAGUUGCGGGCUGCUUCGGCUUCUAUAAGGUAUGCUGUGGAAUCUGCCGCCGCAGAGGCAUUGAGGCAGAGAUACUUCGCGACUAUUGCCCCGGAACCCCAAACAGCUGAAGGUGUAGAAGAGGUCUUUUGUGGGCUAGAGUGGCAAGAACCCUGGUUGUGGCAAGUGUUUUCGAUAGCGGGCUACGAGUUGUUAGCAUUCAUUGGGGAUCGGAUUGGUGAUCUUCGGUCUUUGAGGAGGGUAUCUGGUAGCUUCAGAACGCAUACUGUCGAUGCUAUGAGUAGGUGGCUGAGGGCCACCAGCUUAUCGCACUCUACUGUGCAAGAUCGUGGUGCUGAUGUUGCCGAUGCGUACCUUCAAGGAGAGAACCACUCCUCGUCUGAGGAGGGUGACAGUGAUGAUUCGGCCAUAGAUAGGUAUCCUCAUAGGGGUGGGGUUCCUGUUCCGCCUGUUCUGGGUUAUAGGGAUUUUCAGGCUGAUGUUUCAUCUUCCUCAGAUGAGACGAGCGAAGACUCGACUACUGAGCCUACCGUUGUUGCGAGCGAAGCUGUGUCUGAAGAGUUGCCUGGAGAGUUAGGAGAAGCUUCUGGGACUACCGGGACUGGAGUUGAUCCCCAGGGGGCGCCGGUUCCGAUUGCCUAUCAGGCAGCAGAAGAGGCACUUCUUGUGAACUAUGUAGAUGAUCAGGGGUGUGUACCGUUGCCGGGUUGGUCUAAGGAGCAGGUUCAGGGCGUUGUGGAUAGGUUGAGCUCUGGGGACUGGUCUGGUUUUGAGAGGGUUGUUCAGGGUUUAGCGGUUCCAGAGCACUGUGAAACCGAAGUGAAUGGAGAAACGAGUGCUGCUAUGAGCAGUGGAGCUAACCCUGACCCAGUUGACGAACAGAGGGGCAUUCGGGUGUUUGGACUGUUGAUUAAGUUUUGUGUCGUUGUAGAAAUCAUUCUUUGGAUUGUUACCCGUGGCAUUCUCGGAGUUGGGGCGGUUCAGACCAGUGACUUGGAUGUUUUCGAAGGUGCGUUAGUCCCAAGCUGCGCUGUGCAACCACUUCAAACCAGAUUGGAGCCCGGAGAUGCUGCUGAUUUUGAAGGGUGCGAUGGUUGGACUCUUUGGACAGUUGUAGUGUGUGUCGCGUCAAUAGGGAUCUGGGAAGUCUGUAAGUCCGUUGUUUGCCGGGCCUGGAGGGCCCGCGUUUUUCACUGUGAAAACGGAAGCCAGACGGAUGGCUGUGGGUGUGUGUUGCUACCUUUAGCCCCCGAGAUUCCUCAUCGAGAUCGAAUUUUGUUCUGUUUAUGGCGCGCCGGCUUCCAAGUAGAGGUUGAGGACUACGAGGAAGAGGUUCAGGAUGGCUUUCACUGGUUGUUAGGGGAUCAUUUGCUUAAGCUCGAAAGGGCCAGUGAGGCUUCCUCGGACUGA